CAUCGCUGUGACGCGUUGGCGCGGUCUCUUAUACAUCUUGAACUUGAACACUCACAACGGCGUGAUGAAGCUGCAGCUGGCAUUUUAUCUCCUCAUCCUUUUUGUGCUCCGCUAUUUCGCCUACUUCUUUAUAUGCCAGCUAGAGGAAAGCAAGCACGUGUAUACUGAAGAAAAAUAUGUACCAAUGGAUGGCAACCCUCGUUAUUCAAAUCCUACUAGAAACUGCCAGAGUAAUCAAUCGUUUGUGGACUUUGGGAGCGGAAGUCUGACAUGUGAACAAAGGACGAGAGUCGAGCAGUGUAUACAAACAUACCAGGAGGAAUACAUACGGGCACUAAAGGAGGAAAUUGCGGACAGGGAUAUUCGCUACACCAGCCACUCCUACCUCGACAGGAAUAGCUUCAUGAUCGAGGCGGGAGGACAUCGCGGAAAUGACACAUAUGAAUUCAACUCCCGUUAUCAUCCCGGUUUUUAUAUUGUAUUAGAACCAGUUCCUGUAUUUUAUGACAUAUUGGUGAAAAAAUUCCAGCAAUCACCAAACAUAGCGGUCUAUAACUUUGGAAUCGAUGUAAAAGAUGGAAAUUUUAAUAUAAGUGAGUCGAGUGACAAUGCAGUUUCCAUAUUUAUGACCGACAAUCAAAAGGGUAGGAGGAUACAAAUUGUCAAUACUACAAGAUUCUUUGAGAAAUUGUCUGUGAGGAGUCGGGAAGUGGACCUGAUAACGCUGAACUGCGAGGGUUGCGAGUAUGCUGUACUGGACCUCCUCCUGUCUACAGACUACAUACGUCACUUCCGGAACAUUCAGUUCCAGUCUCAUAGAAUUCCAGGAAUAUGUUAUCCAGUCAGGCGAUUCUGCUGGUAUCAGGAAUUACUUGGAAAAACACAUAAACUUAUAUUUCAGUUCAAGUUUGUGUGGGAGAGUUGGGCAAGAAUAUGAAUGUGCGUUUUCUUUAUAAAAGCAUACCCGUUUGUUGGGGUCGGUACAUAGAUUUAUAAACCAAAGAAAACAGAUUGACCGAGGACGCAGUCCAAGCUGGUAUACAAUUUACAUAUAAUUUUGUGUUUAUAGCUCCAUGUAAAACUGGAAAAUACAGAUGUUGUUUAGUUAAAUACUGAUUGGAUGGGUCGAAUUGGUUUUUGAUUCCAAAAUAAAAUAUUUAUUCAAACACAAUGUGAAUAAAACAAGCAUUUAUUUGGACGACGUGUUUCAAAUUCAUUUUUGUUAACCAUCUUUUGAACGAUAACAAAAAUGCAAAAUUUUGAAUAGUGAUAUUGUAAAAGAAAUGUUUUCCAAUAAUUAGAUCCAUCAAGUUCUCUAUUUUGCUCGACUAAGGUCAAAUGUCUUUUUUCUUCUGACGAACAU